ACUCAGCCUGCUUUCCGCCGCUUCCUCUUGAGCCUGCGCGGAGACAGCGACCGUCAUUGUGGACUAAAACGGUUUCCACCUCAGUCAUGUCAAGUUCAGCGUCCCCUCCUCCACCGGUGGAGGUUGCCGGUAAUGAAGGAUGCUUCCCCCCGGAGUAUAAACCCUUCAACCCUGAAGAGCACGGCCUGGACCGCGGCUUCCGCCUCACAGCAUAUUCGGAUCUGAAAGGAUGAGGAUGCAAGGUCCCGCAGGAGGCUCUGCUCAAACUCCUGGCGGGACUGGAGCCAAACCAGGCCGACGGGACAGGAAAGAGCGGAGACCAGGAUUCGGAGUUUGGUCAACAGCUCGCCGGUCCGCGGCUCGGCAUUGGGUUGGACAGCUGUGUGAUUCCCUUGAGGCAUGGAGGCUUAUCCCUGGUCCAGACCACUGACUUCUUCUACCCUCUGGUUGAAGAUCCAUACAUGAUGGGAAGAAUUGCGUGCGCCAACGUCCUCAGUGACCUCUACGCCAUGGGCAUCACGGAGUGUGACAACAUGCUGAUGCUGCUGAGCGUCAGCCAGAAGAUGAAUGAAAAGGAUCGCGAGAAAGUGAUGCCGCUGAUGAUUCGAGGCUUUCGUGAUGCAGCGGAGGAGGGGGGGACGUCUGUGACGGGGGGUCAGACGGUGAUCAACCCCUGGAUCAUUGUGGGCGGCGUGGCGUCCGUCGUCUGCCAGCCCAACGAGUUCAUCAUGCCUGACGGAGCUGUUCCUGGAGACGUCCUUGUUCUGACCAAACCUCUGGGGACUCAGGUGGCAGUCAACGCUCACCAGUGGCUCGAUCAGCCUGAGCGCUGGAAUAAGAUCAAGCUUGUCGUGACGAGGGAGGAAGUCAAAGAAGCUUAUCAGGAAGCCAUGUUCUCCAUGGCGACACUGAACCGAACAGCGGCGGGGUUAAUGCACAAGUUCCAGGCUCACGCUGCAACCGACGUGACCGGCUUUGGUUUGUUGGGGCACGCCAACAACCUGGCCAUGCAGCAGCGGAGUGACGUGGCCUUCGUUAUCCACAACCUGCCAAUCAUAGCCAAGAUGACAGCCAUCAGCAAAGCCUACGGAAACGCCUUCAGACUGCUCCAGGGACUGUCGGCAGAGACCUCGGGCGGGCUGCUGGUGUGUCUGCCCAGAGAACAGGCCGCCAAGUUCUGCGCAGAGAUGAAGAACCACAGCUCCGGAGCUCAGGGCGCUUCAGGCGGAGCGUGGAUCAUCGGAAUCGUGGAGAAAGGAGAGCGCAGCGCACGCAUCAUUGAGAAGCCUCGGAUCAUCGAGGUUCCGCUGCGGGGAAGCCUGGCGGCGCAUCAGGAAAACAGCGCCACCGCUGAGCUGAGCACUAACCUGUCAUAGACCCACCGCCUCCACGCAGCGGCUCGGGAUUGUGAAAGAUCAAGAUGGCUGAAGGACUGCAGUUUCUGAGCUUUAAAGUUGGACGCCUUUGUAGUUGAAAGCUGAAUGGGUUCUUAAAACAAAAAAAUAAUUGACAUUUGUUGAAAGAUGACAUUCCUGAUCUUUGAGUGAGGAACAGAUAAAUGUGUGUUUGUGUUAAAUUAAUGCUGAAUGAGUGCCUGGAAUCCAACCCAUCAUCCGUUCUGGUUCUGUCCACGCGUCUCAGAGGAAGGUUUGAGCAGCUUCCUCUGAGACCAGCUGGAUGGGGUCCAGGGUGUGGCAGCUGAUAGCCGUCCAUCGCGGAGUCCUUCCCACUCUUCCUUCUUCAUGAAGCUCCACUUAUCAAACCUAAAGCAGCUGGACGGGUGGAGCGGAUGUUUACCUUAGGAAGAUGGGCCGGGCUCGAGCAGGACUCUAAAGCUGUCUAAAGAUUUCCUUGCUUUUCACAAUCAAUAAAACCAUCAAUUCAGAAUAAAA